AUGGCGGAGUCUAUUACUGAGCAGCUGGACCACCUUCGCUCGCUGCUGUCCGAGCCCGAAGUCAUCCUCCCAUCAUCAGAGCGGUACGACUCACAUACUUCGACAUGGGCGGCCCAGAAGAACCUGCAUCCCCGUCUCGUCGUCCGGCCGGGCUCAACACAGUCUCUGUCAAAGGUCCUGCAAUACCUGUCGACUUCGGACCUGGACAUGGCGGUUCGCAGUUCCGGGUAUGGCUCGGCCUCGGCCAGGGACGUGCUCAUCAGCAUGGAGGCGUUCGACGAGUUCAGCUGGGAUCGCGAAAAGGAGAUCUUAACACUGGGCGCGGGACAGCUCUGGAGGGAUUACUAUGAGAAGAUGGAUCGAGUGGCUCCAGAAUAUCACGUCGUCGCUGCACGUACACCAGCUCUGGGAAUCGGGGGCAGCAUCCUCUCGGGAGGCUUCUCCUGGCUGGCCCGCCAAUACGGCAACACGUCAGACCCGGCCAACAUGCUCGACGCAGAGGUCGUCAAGAUGGACGGGACUGUCCUUUGGGCCUCGCAGGAUCCCGACCUGCUGUGGACCUUGCGCGGCGCCGGCGCGAGUUUCUGCGUCGUCACCAAGUUCAAGCUGCGCGCCCACCCGUGUCCCCAGGACAUCUACGCUGGGCCCAUCAUCGUCCCGCGGCGCCAGCUCGCCCUCGUGGCCGGGAGCAUUGCGUCCAUGAACGCCCGCUCGGAGACUCUGGCACCCCAGGUCUCGAUGGACCUGUACGUGGUGAAGAAAGAACAAGCGGCGCACAUGGGCGCGACGGAAGAUCUGCUGAUCGUGCAGGCGUUCGACGCUCUGGGCCGUGAGCACGGCCGGUCGGAAGAAGGGUUCAAGUGGGCGCUUGAUGUUCCUGGGGCGAUGGACAUGACACGAGUCACCAAUCUACGCGGUGUCUCGCAGAUGCACGGCCGAUUCAAGACACUGUGGCAGCCCCUGAUCGUGGAGACACUGAGCGAAGAAACGAUCCUCGGCGCGGUGCGUUGGUUCGACCACGUCGGCGCCACCGGCGACCGCUCGAUCGCCAACAGCGCCCAACUCGUCUUCGAGUGUCUCUGCACGCGGGAUUCGACGAGCGGGGCUGGGGCAUCGGCCUGGCCGCGGCCGCUGAGGAUGAAGAACACGAUCAUCUGCGCGGCCGGGUGUGAUGCAACAACUGGUGCUACUGCUGGGGGCAAAAGCACAGAGGCCGAAGAAGGGAGUAAUGGAGGCGGUGGCGGUGAUGAUGGUGACUACGACGACAGCGACAAACUUACCACAGCGCGACAACUCCUCCACGACGCCCCGCGCAUCGUCUUCGACGGACACGGCGACCAGAGGAUCCGCUACGCGCCAAACGCGCUGGAAGAGUACCAUGACCUGAAAGAUGUCUACGCCGAACAUCUCCCCAAACUGCUCUCGUUGAAGAAACUGCACGAUCCGCGGAACAAGCUCAAGGGGCCGAUCAAUUACGUCUCCUGA